AUGGGUAAGGACGACAAGACUCACAUCAACAUCGUCGUUAUCGGCCACGUCGAUUCCGGCAAGUCGACCACCACCGGUCACCUGAUCUACAAGUGCGGUGGUAUCGACCAGCGUACCAUCGAGAAGUUCGAGAAGGAAGCCGCCGAGCUCGGUAAGGGUUCCUUCAAGUACGCUUGGGUUCUUGACAAGCUCAAGUCCGAGCGUGAGCGUGGUAUCACCAUCGACAUUGCCCUCUGGAAGUUCCAGACCGGCAAGUAUGAGGUCACCGUCAUUGAUGCCCCCGGUCACCGUGAUUUCAUCAAGAACAUGAUCACUGGUACCUCCCAGGCUGACUGCGCUAUCCUCAUCAUUGCCUCCGGUACUGGUGAAUUCGAGGCUGGUAUCUCCAAGGAUGGCCAGACCCGUGAGCACGCUCUGCUCGCUUUCACCCUCGGUGUCCGCCAGCUCAUUGUUGCCCUCAACAAGAUGGACACCUGCAAGUGGUCCGAGGACCGUUACAACGAGAUCGUCAAGGAGACCUCCAACUUCAUCAAGAAGGUCGGAUACAACCCCAAGUCCGUUCCCUUCGUCCCCAUCUCCGGUUUCAACGGUGACAACAUGCUCGAGCCCUCCCCCAACUGCCCCUGGUACAAGGGUUGGGAGAAGGAGACCAAGGCCGGCAAGUCCACCGGUAAGACCCUCCUCGAGGCCAUCGACGCCAUCGAGCCCCCGGUCCGUCCCGCCAACAAGCCCCUCCGUCUUCCCCUCCAGGAUGUCUACAAGAUCUCUGGUAUCGGAACUGUUCCCGUCGGUCGUGUCGAGACCGGUGUCAUCACCCCUGGUAUGGUCGUGACCUUCGCCCCCGCCAACGUCACCACUGAAGUCAAGUCCGUUGAGAUGCACCACCAGCAGCUCAAGGAGGGUCUCCCUGGUGACAACGUCGGUUUCAACGUCAAGAACGUCUCCGUCAAGGAGGUUCGCCGUGGUAACGUUGCCGGUGACUCCAAGAACGACCCCCCUGCUGGCUGUGACAGCUUCACCGCCCAGGUCAUCGUCCUCAACCACCCCGGUCAGGUCGGCGCUGGUUACGCUCCCGUCCUGGACUGCCACACCGCUCACAUUGCUUGCAAGUUCGCUGAGCUCCUUGAGAAGAUUGACCGCCGUACCGGAAAGUCCGUCGAGUCCUCUCCCAAGUUCAUCAAGUCCGGUGAUGCUGCCAUCGUCAAGAUGAUUCCCUCCAAGCCCAUGUGCGUUGAGUCUUUCACCGAGUACCCCCCUCUCGGUCGUUUCGCCGUUCGUGACAUGCGCCAGACUGUUGCUGUCGGUGUCAUUAAGGCUGUUGAGAAGAAGGAUGCUGGCGCUGGUAAGGUCACCAAGGCCGCCCAGAAGGCCGGUAAGAAAUAA